AUGCCAAACUUGGGCUUUCACUUCCUGGAUGGGUUCACAGGGCCGGGAAUCUUAUACCUGUUUCUCUUUGGUGUCUUCGCUGUGGCCAGUCUCUGCAUCGCAACACUGCUCUUCCCCACAUCCUUAACCGCUACUUCUAGAGUGAUCUCUUGGGUCUUCAACAUCUAUUUGCAGUUAAAGAAUCCGAUUCAGCAUACUGAGACCGGUCGGACCAUUCCAGGGCCAUCUUACGUGUGGCCAAAUGGACAAGGCGACGUAGAGAAGGUAUUGACAAGACCCGACCAACUUCAUGGCAUCUUUAAAGAUUCAGACAAACAUACGAAAGCCACGAACAGUGAUUCUGGCUACUUCAUGAGCCGUAUCCUAGGGCAGUGCUUGGGGCUCAUGGCAGGUCAGCGCUGGAAGCUCUUGAAGGGGAUCGCCGCACCCCCCUUCAUGCACCCAACAGCUGUCAGAUCCAUUGGUCGAAUUCAAGAGCAUGUUCAAGCUCAUUUCCAUGAUCUCGAGAUAAAUGGAAAUCUCAGCGAAGGCCGGGUACACCCGGUUCAAGACCUGAAGAUGCUUCCGUUUUUUAUCGUGGCGGAGGCAAACUAUGGCUCCCUUACGCCAGGCAUGAAAUCCGAACUCGAUGCCCUCGCACCAGCCCGGGAAAAUCUCAUGAAAUUCGUUCUUUUCGGUGGCCUCGCCCGGUUUAAUUUCUCUCGCUUCUUCCCCACAAAAGCCAACCGUCAGUUGCAACAAUUUCGCUCUCAGUGGCGGGCGUUCAAUCGCGCCGCAUACGAGCGUGCCCGGGAGAAACACCCGUCGGCGAUGGUCGUUCAAAUGUACGACGCCGUCCAUAAGGGUAUGCUCACGGAGGAACAGGUAGCACAAACGAUGGACGAGACUCUGUACGCCAACCUCGACGUGACAACCGGCGGUCUUUCCUGGAAUCUAGUCUUCUUGGCUGCCAACCCGGCCUGCCAAGCACGGCUGCACGAAGAAAUAUCCACCCUGACAGCUGCCGAGGAAGAAGGUUAUAUCUCUCGUAAUGGAACAUUUCUUGCAGCAUGUGUGUUAGAGUCCUCCCGGCUCCGUCCAGCUCUGCCGUUUACCAUCCCACAAUCUGCCCCGACGGAGCGAGUGGUCGAUGGCUAUCGCAUCCCUGCUGGAACCAAUUAUGUAGUCGAUACAUGGGGAUUGAACGUGCGAAAUGAUUUCUGGGCACCCGAUAAUGACACAUAUCGACCGGAGAGGUUCCUAACCAGCUCUAACACAGAUCUACGGUACCACUUCUGGCGGUUUGGAUUUGGCCCUCGCCAAUGUAUUGGACGCUACACUGCGGACGUGGUCAUACGGGCCAUCCUCCUGUAUUUGGUGAAGCAUUAUGAGUUGCAGUUGCUGGAGGAAGGGAAUUGGGCGCAGGACCCUGAAUGUUGGGUUACGCAUCCAGAUUUACAGGGCUCUGACAAUCCGAAUGCCCGAGUUACGUCCGCGUCCUUACUGCCCGAACCAGCGCAGUCUCCCAAUCGCCCACAGGAGCUUCUUGUUCCGGAUGGUGCCUCCACUCGCUACAUCAAUGAGACAUUCCUGUCACAAAUCCUGGACAAGGAAAAGGCGCUGUACAAGGUUAUAGGUACCCCACAUGAUACAGAUGAAAUCACCACAGGUUUGCGACCGGAAGGCCUUCUGGCAAGUUCCAGACACCCUGCGAAUUCGAGUAACGAGUUGGACCUUUCGCGCUGGCAGUCCGCACAGCUAUGGCAGAUAUAUCGCAACAAUGUGGACCCCGUAGUCAAGAUCCUUCAUCUACCAACAGUGGAGCCGCUGGUAUAUUCGACCAUGAAUGGCGAAGGAUCGGACGACUGUAGGGCUCUGCUGUUUGCCAUUUACUUUGCUGCCGUGACCAGCCUGUCGGAGGUUGACGCGGCGAAUCUCCUUGGUCGCGAUAGGCGAUCCUGCUUACUGGAUUUCCAAGCCCGCAUUGAAAAGGUUCUGAUUGAUGCGGCCUGUCUGGAUACGCCAUCCAUGUUGUCCUUGCAGGCCCUGGCCAUCUACAUCACUUGUCUCCGUGCACACCGGACAAGUCGAUCUGGGUGGAUCAUCAAUGGGGUCCUCAUCCGUGCUGCCCAGUCCAUAGGUCUCCACCGUGACGGGACACAUUUCAACCUCUCGCCUUUUGACGCCGAAGUCCGCCGGCGCCUCUGGUGGCAGAUUCUAGUGCUGGACUAUCGGGCUGCCGAGGAUCACGGUCUCGCGGUACAUGGCUUUGGCGGCCGAUCGGAUACUCAUCUUCCCCUGCACGUCAACGACAGUGAUCUAUCGCCCGAGCUUCGAAUCCUACCGGGGCCACGCGGGAGAUGGACUGAAAUGAGCCUCUUCCUCCUCACAUCGGAAAUUGCUAUCGCAUUCCAAAAGGUAUACCACAGUACUGUGGGCCACACAGACAGUGUCCAGCGUCUCCAAACUGUGCAGGAACUGACAAGCUACCUCCAAACUACAUAUCUGUGCCAUUGCGAUACGAACAUUCCUAUCCAGAAGGCUGCCUGGCUGUCCACGCGCUCUCUCCUUUCUAAGUUUGAGUUUUUCGUUUACCAACUGGGCCUUAAUAAUGAACAAUCGCAGGAGGAAGUUUCCUCUACAGCAGAGCAAACACUGAUAUCAGCAUGUUCCUGCUUGGAGCAAAGUAUGGAGCUCCAGACAGACGACCUUCUACGUGGGUACCGCUGGUUAUUCGCGAGCUACAAUCAGUUCCACUGCUUGAUGUAUGUUCUAUGGCACUUGUGCGCGCAGCCCACUGGGCCUCACGUUGUCCGUGUAUGGAAUGUUGUCGAUCUCGUCUUCAAUAUAACUGAGAGUGACCCAACCCGACCUAAUCCAGGACCGACGUGGAAGGUGCUACAGCACUUACGGGAAAAGGCAGGACAACGGAGAGGGAGCGCCACGGUGCCUUCGCCGACACAGGCUCAUGGCCCGUCUGACGAACGUGUCCUGGAGUCACGGACGGCUGAACAGCAUUCGCGGCAGAGCUUGGACGGUGCAGCAGAUGGAUUCGGGGAUCUCUUGGCUCCUCCUCUAGACCCAAGUUCGUUGACAGAGUGGAUUAAUCUUUCGGAGAAUUUGGGCAUGUAUCGCUUUGAGCCAUAG